GUCCAAGCACGGAGUCAGUUCGAGUUUAUUGACCAAUGGUUCAUGCCUAUUGGACAGAGGCAUGGAUCAGAAUUCGCCUCGGAGACUCACUGAUUGGGCGCAAGGUGCCUCCUAAACCAUCUCUAACACUCAAAAUAAAAAGGAUGGUGGUGGUGCCAGGAAAUCAAGAUGUGCAGCUGUUGAGAAAUCAGAAUGAGGCAACGGAUAAGUGUGCUGAGGGUCAAGGAGUCGAGUCAGAGGGUGAGGAUGGGUUCUUGUUGGACGAGUUUGAGAAGGCGCUCCCGGUUCUCCAGAAUAUGGCACGUGUUGAUCGAGAAGGGGAGGAAGACGAAAGUAAUGAGUUUAAUGGGGAUGCUGAAGAAAGUGAGCAUGAUGAUGCCCCUUCAUAUCAGUUGGAUGUAGGGGAAAAGCGCAUGAUGGACCCCAACUAUGUGUUUUGUCCGGAAGCUCAUCGCCGUCAGAUUCUCAGGUUAUUCAUUCAUCAUCUGUGCCGACAUCCCUUCUUCCCAAUGACUUCUGGCUCAUUUCAAACCAAGGAAGAAAUCCAACGUGCCUCUGUAUAUCAAAUGUAUACAUUCUGCCGUGAACGUGGCCUUGCCGAGGUUUGGGCAUACUUGUGGAACUCUUGGUACUCUUGUUGGGAUCUCUGGGCACGCUCAUCCAGUGGGACUUGUCUUUCACGUGUGUGCACAACAAUGAUCACCGAAAAUCAUUGGAAACAUCUCAAGCACGGAUAUCUUCGGUUCAAAACUCGCUCCCCUCUUGACCAGACAGUAUCCACCACCACAUACUCGACAAUAAAUUCCUACAUUUAUUCAUCUAAUGUGCUAGAACCCAAUUAUCGAAUUGGACGGAGCCGUGCUCUUACCAGCUGGCAACGUGCCUUCAAGACUGCAUGGAAUGAUUUGUCAAAAAAGCAGCUCAGCAGUCGUGACUAUCACACGGAUGUUCUCAGCUGGACCUGCCGAUGUGGGACACAAGAUACACAUACUUUUCAUCUUUGUAAGCACUUGGUGCACUAUUCUAAGAAGCCACCUAUGGCAUUCUGGGAAGAAAUUCACCGUAGGCGCACUAUGCCUUUAUAUCGGCAUUCUCAUCUUGGAAACCAAGACCACGGCACAGGGAACACCUCAGACAGCGAUGAUCAAGACCAUGAAACGACAAGAUUGGCGCUCAGUCAAUUCAUGAACCUGAAGCGCACCCACUCAUCCGCAGAACUCGAUCCACUGAGUCACAUCAACCCGAACAGGCAUAGACAAUGCAGAGGUUGGGCGCCUCCCUGACAAUGAGCAACCCAUAGACCUUUGGCUCAACGAAGGAUCGGAUGAGGAAGAAAUCGCAGAUUUACAAGCGCGCUUUGAAAGCAUUGGCCGGUCUUUGGUGGAAGCUGGAGAAUUGGUCCUUCAGCAGAAUUUUUACGAGUUAUGCAUAGGGAUGAACACAGCGGGGUUGGUCAUACUUGGCUCAAGGGUAGGACACGCUGCGCACGCCGAGCCAAUCUCGCGACAAUGGGUUCACACCAUUCAAGUGAUUGGGACUGUUCCUCAAAUGCCGCAGAUUCGUCGUACUACGAUUCUGAGGGAGCCUGACUUUUAA